AUGCGUCUACACGUACUUAGUGCUCAGCUACAGUUCCUCCGCCCACUUCCACUUGAGAAACGUCUUCGGCCAGGAGCGCCAAUACCCAGGGCGUCCUCUUUCAGCUUGAUAACUUACAGAACUCCUGCCUCAAAUACCGUGGCAAAGAUUAGAGACUUUAAGGUCAAGGCGCGGAAUCGGGGUUGGAUGCUUCGGCAAAAGUGGAAACAAGUACCGACGGAUCACGGAGGCAGGAUGCGGCCUGGAAAUCUUGACAUAAUUACAGGCUCAGAGCAUCUUGAGCGGCCCAAACCCCUGUUCACCGUCGCGUGCUCCACACAAAUCAGGGUCCCAAACCCUCACGAAUCUAACCACAAUCCACCCACCCGUACCACAUCCAUACUGAACGCACAUUCUCGUCAUUUUAGACAUCGCAGCUCAUCGGCUUUCAUCAGCGUCGAUGGUUUAGUGGUAAAAUUCUCCGUUGCCAUCAAGCAGCGUCGGGGAGCCGGGGCAACACAAAAGGGAACAUGUGCGGGCUUGCGGAGGCUGGAAGCAACAUGGGAAGGAAAGGGAGGAGGAGGUAUGAGCUGUCCUGUGCUUCUCCCCGUGAGCGCCUUUGGUCUUCUCUUCUGCACAACAAUGACUGAUCCUGAUACGUCGUUCGAGCCUUCAGUCCUACAUACCUACUUGCCCCAGAUUCUUAACCGCAGCGAAAAGCUCCAGACGGAAAUCUUCUUUCCUCCUCUCCGAAAGGUGGCUAUAUCUCCGGGGGAUUAUCGUGGUAUCAAACUGGUUGCCCACCGGUUGUGGCCCGUCCCGAGCCUGCUUCAAGGCUUCCCAGCGCGUACGUACGCCUAUCAGCUCUCGACGGGCAUCAGCAUCCAAAGUUUAGAAGAGAAUCGACCAAGAGGCGGAGGCGACCAGGCAGGCAGAAAAACGCCGCCGCAAGAUAUGGUACAGCUCGUAGCAUUGUGGCGAUAUGAGUGCAAGUCUAUGAGUCUCGCUAUCAGGCAAACGCAAUAUGGGUAUUUCGCAAACCAUGUGAUAGAUGUUGAGAUGCACAAACUCGAGCAUCACUAUGACUCAUCUCACAAAACCUAUGAGAUCUUGGAUUCGAAAGACAUCAUCUUUCAAUAUGAGAUAUCAUGGCGUUAUUCAUACUCAAUCACAUGCUACACUUUGAAACACGCUGAAGACUCCAGAUGUACUUGUCCACAGCCUGCAAGAACGCUGGAGGCCUCCCUCACGGCUCGUGAUCCGUAUCACGACUCAUCCAGCAACAUUGGUUUGAGCCUCAAGGCAUCCGCGUUGCGUUCCAUCAGCUACCCGGUAGACUGGGAAUGUCUAGCUCGUAAGCCUGACCUGUCAAAUAUCCAACUUGCAGAUUCACGGCCGCCCAACCAUUCUUCAUCCCUGAAGAAGAAAGCUUCACCAAAACGAUUCGCUCUCAUCCACUCCUCAACCUCCCUGGCCAUCCAUCCACCAUUCCAAGGCAACGGAAUCAUCGUCAUCGCACCCGGUGCCUGGCCCCCAAAGCAACAUCCUCACCAGCGCAUCCAAUCCCCGGCAGCAAAAGAGUGGCGAUAUUCCCCCGUUGGCCUCAAUCUCCUAUCAUUUGUCCCGAGAGCAUGCUUACACCCAGCCACCCGUACCUCCCGAAACACAAUAUCAACCAAUCAAAUCCCAUUCAUCAUCGGACUCUGCACAGCCUCUUGCCCUUUCCCGACACGCCGUGAUUUUCGGGUGUGUGAUAGUCGCAAUGGUGCACCCGGCGGUCUUGUACCAACUACACACACAACGCCUCGGAGAUUGGGGGCGUUGAAAGCUUGCAAAAAAUUUCCAAUGAAAUGCGUUGUCGAUUUACCUCGCAUCAGCAUGCAGCCUGGUCGUGGUGCAGCGCGCAGGCGCCCAUGCCUCUCUCAUUGUGCAUGGUGGCAGCGUGUUUUUUUCUCAGAUAUUGCUGCCCAAGAUUGGAUUGGAACUUUCGCAGUGCAGCCCGAGUCCGCCACACACUCACACUCACACUCACACUCACACUCACACCACGCACCACGCACUCGGCGCACUUCUGUCAAACGCUGCGUCAUAACCCACGCGGUACCAAAUUCACCAGUAAACAUGGAGCAAAAGCCGGUACUUGAUACCACCACGAUUCCAUUCCGUUGGGUAUCGCAACCUGAUAUCACCAUUUGGGGUGUUGAGGUCCGGACAGACUUUACGUCCCCUUGCCCCUUGCCCCCUUGCGUGUCUCUCUCUUCAGCGCGACCCGAAAUCCCGGAGACCCGCCUCGCACGCGGGAGAUCCGGACGACGGGGGGCACCGGUCGGUGGCGAAUCUCGAAAUGCCCGUCCAUCCGAGCUUUUCAUUGGUCGUCAUCACCGCUGGUCCCCUGGAACUUCAGAGAAAGAGAGGAACUGUGCCACAAUUGACAAGGAUUACAAAGCCGAGGCUAAGCCACAUGUCUCCAGGGAUCGCUUACCUCACCACAUCCCUGACCAACCAUCCUCGACCUAUCCCGACCCAGGUGUUUGGGGUACAUCGGCCGGCUGUGGCGUUUGGGCCUGGGUUUUGCACUUUGUACUCUUAGUCUGGCCAUCGGUGGUGCACCGGUGGUACCUGUUUCGUACGCGCGCGUCUUUCAACGACAUGCCAAAUCGAGGCUGUGGUAUCCGUAUACUGCGUACCUACACAUACGUUGCUGCUUGCGAGCUGAGGUCACCUGGCUUCAGACUUGAAUCCCACGGAGCCAUUGUCUUCCCGAGGAAGGGAAGUCUACAACGGAUGGAUAUCCAGACCGCAAGUCCCAAACCCACAUACCACAACCCUCAUUGGCUCAACCCAGAUCCCAUCCCAUCGGACCAGUCACCUCACACUUAUCACCAGCCCUGA